AUGUCCGACGCCCACGUACCGCAGUCGACACGCGCACGCAGUCGUGACUCCCACUUGGCGUCGACACGGAGAAAGAGCGCGUUUUCCUCGUUUCUGUCCGUGAGCAGCAAAGCCGACGACGACGAAGACGACGAUGCGCACGCGCGCGCGUUGUGUGGGACGCAAGAGCAGGCAGGUGAUGGCUGCGUGUAUACGGACUCGUCACAUGGAUUGGCGCUAUUACAGACCGAGAAAGGUCAAGACGCCAAUGAGACUGGCAGCUUUCGUCUGGUGAUGGCAAAAUCUGGAGCUGAUGUUGGACAGAGAGACGACAGGAGGAAUGACAUGAAGAAAGCGGUGAGGGGGACAACCGACGAGAGUGCUGUACUGCGUCAGGGCUGUCAAGAGAUUGCUACAGGAGAAGACACGGUUGUCCGUGAUAGUGAUCUCUGCGGCAGCUGGUCAUCCUGGCCUCGGAGCGUUGGCGCCGAUGAAGAACUUGAUAUUGAUGAACGUCGACCCAGCUUUUCGGACGAGCAUAGUUUUACAGAAGCAGACAGCUUUACGGAAGCCGACACAAGUUUUGUGUGUCGCCCUAGUAUGCUGAAUGACGGUGACGACGAUGAUGAGGACAGUUGGCACGAAAAAGUACAGGGUGAUUUCGAUGAUUGCAGUUUUGUGGAUAGUAGCUUUGUCUAUCAGCGACCUCUUUCGGAGAAAUCUGCUGAUGAUAGCGGAGAGCGUGAAUACGUGCGACCGAACAGCCAUAUAGAAAGUGAGUCCACGGACGUGCUGAACAAUGGUGGAGACAGCAAGGAAUGCGAUGGCGUGUGCAGGUUGGAACGUGACACAUCUGAAGCAAAAAGCGGUCAUCGACUUACUUGGCUUGACAAUGGUGAUGAUGAUAUCUCGACAGAAGCGGUUGGUCAGGCCUCUUCAUCGAGUCCGCGUACCAUGACAGCGCAGAAAAGUAGCUUUGUGUAUCAUCAGACUCCAGCAGGAGCAAACAGCGAGACGCAAGACAAAGUUUGCGGAAGGAAGAGUUUGGCAAGAAGCGGCAAUUCUUGUGCAUUGCGAAAAGACAAGAUCCUGGUUGGUGGAGCAGAUAACACUGCAAGCGCUGGAAGUGCAAGUGGUGAUGCACCGCUGAUCUUGAGGUCAAGCAUGUCGAGUUCUAUCCGGUCAAGUGUCGCAGUCUCGUUUGAGCUAGAGGACGAUGACAUGUCGCAUCGAUUGCAAGAAGGCCAGGUUGCAUUGAUUGGCGUGAAGAGUGACAGUGUGGGUAGUAUCCCUUCGAACAGAUGUGCCUCGCGAACUUCCUUUGAUGAAGGCGACUCUAGAGCAGGGAAUGCUGCACAAGUUUGUGCGGAAACGUCCGCUGCGACGUCGUGUGUGCAUGAUGUAGAGGAUGAAGUAUUACAUAGGUUGCCUGGUCGUUGUGUCAGUAACGCAACUAGCUGCAUCGCAACACGCACAGCAACAGCUGAAAGCGAUGAGAAGUCGGUCCAAAGUGGGGACACAAGUGUAGACGAUGACGAGGCACUGGUCACUAACGGCUUAUCAAGUACCGACAAAAUUGCCGAGUACCCUGUAUAUAGACGGUCGAGUGCUGUCCUACCGACAGCAUCCUCACGACAUACGGCAGCAACUCGCAAGUCUCGGAGAACAUUGUUGCUGGACUCGGGAGAUGGUAAGCUAGCCAACGACGAUAGCCUUGGGUCUUUUCGCGGUAACGUAACAUCUUUGCGAGCAUCCGGAUCACAAAGUGAUGACCAUUGUAUCGAAAGUGGGAUUGAAGUGCGCACAUCAGUGGCGCGCAGGCCUUCGACUCCGUCCAUGUCUGCGCCACGCUCUGGUCAUACGAAUGAUAAUGGUGACGAUUUGCAAGAACGCGUUUCGUCUGGAUGCUGGAUGACAUCGGACGCUCAGUGUACUGGAGAAGACAUGUUUACGAAAAUGGCAAAUGUCGUGGGCGACGGUGCUGACCAGAAUGAAAAGUGCGAUGGGGAUAUGUUAUCACAGGGCGCUGGCAAGCACCCGUCCAGAGACAUUUCCGAUGCCAACUCGGCUAUGUCGGAUUCUUCAGACCGCAGCUACAGCGACUCAGUCAAUGCCGCUGAUGGGCUGGAUUGUAGUUAUAGCGCGCUAGUAGAUUGUGGAGAAUCGCACUUGGUCCACAGUGACAGCAAAAGUGCAAGCACGAGUGUUUGUGACACGAGUUGGGACAGCUCUUUAGUAUCUUCGGCGGCGUCCCAGUCAUUGGCUGCGAGCGACGAGCUUCCUUUCGUCUCUUUCAAUGCUGCGCAGCCUCCUUCUUCAGCAGGAUCGCAAUGGCCGCUGAAGCGAAGUACAGCCGAAGAGAAGCGUGCGUCGAACCGAGCAGUAGCAACUCCAGACCUAGACAUGCCUGCUCACAAGACGGAACGGGUAGUGUACAGGCCAAUAGUGAUUCCGCGUGGCAAUGACGACCACAACGCUGAGGUGUCCAGAUCUCCGGCUGUGUCCUCAGCAUACUCAACGAGUCCCGUACAGUUUUCAUCUGCGGCUCUCCUGGCCGCUAUUAUGACUCGCGACGUGGUCGCAGACUCUCGAUCUGGAAACGCGGUAGACGUCACUCUCGGCUCAAGACCUCAGCGUGUACCCCCACUCAAGACAAAACAGUUGCCUCGAGGUUUGACUUCCGUUUCAGUGUCAGCUCUGUCAGAAAGUGGUGCUCGAAGGCCUCCUUCAUCGAUUUCGGCAUCGAUACCAACGACGUCGUCUGGAAAUCGAUCAUCUGUUGCAUCAUCGUACGACGAAGGUACUGAUCGCAUCGACUAUACUGGAGUUUAUCGUGGCUCUAGUUGUAGCCGGGGAGCAUUGGACACGCACCGCAAAUCUUCAGGAGUAACUGGAUCUGAAGCUGGGACGACGGGAAAAGGUGAGCAACGGUCGCUGAACGGAAGGCAACGGAAGGCUACGCUCAAUCCAGCGAAACCAGGGCGCUCAAAAAGCGAUGGUCGUGCGACGCAGUGUAAGGAUCGACGCAACGUAGAAGCCUUCUUUCGGCGCACACCCCAGAACGGUGUGCUCGCGGUCGACGAACGAGAAGUAUAUAGGCCAACAAAUCGACAAGUGCGCGCUUGCACAUCAGUGGAUCAGCGCACGGACAGCCAUGUAGGCCUACUGCGCAGUGUUGCUUGCCAUAGUUCCAAGACGAGCCUGGUUAUUGAUCUGAAGGAUUUGCGCAGUGGCGACGAUUUAGCCGGAUGGCACUUGAAGAAUGGCGCUUUUGUAUCGGCGCUUCAGCAACGAGACUCCCAUCAGCAGGGGGCAAUGGCGGUGACGAUCGGAAGCGAGAGCCCAGGAAGUACAACGACUCGGUCGAUUGCAUCUCCUGACUACAUUGCAAAGCACAUAAACUAUGUGGUGAGCCCCGAGGGAUCCGCUGUUCGCAGAACUGAUUUGCUGUACAGGGAAGCGGAUCAAGCAUUGAACUCCGAAGUUUCGGCAAGCAAAAGCAGAAGUGCACGUGGCAUUUUCUUUUCUGCCUCUACCGGUUCUGAAGAAGGCGGUGUCAGCAGACCCGAUGCGAUUUUUGGACGGACAGCUCCGCGUGUGCCACAAACAGCUACUCUAGCACGACUAUCGGCUAACGAGUCAUCACAACUCUCGGCGUCACCUUUAGCGGCAUUGUUCACGACUCCUCGUGACUUGGGUUCAAGCGAUGGUGUCGGCAAUGCGAGGAUAUCAGGAUGGUUGCCGGGCACGUUUACUGAUACCAUACGAACAUUUUUGCGGAAGACAGGAAGCGGCUACAGCGGCGUAAAGCAGUCAUCAAUGAGCUCACCGUUUGAUGCUUCACGCGUAUCGUUCUCGCAGCGAACGACGUUGGCUGAUCGUGUACAAAGUUUGUCGGCUUCGCUGUCACGCGCUGUACGGCGCUUCCUGCCAGGUCACGACGCUUAUGGCCCGACUGGCAAUGCGGAUCCGACGUCACCUGGAUCUCACUGCACGUCUCCGGUAGCACUGCGACGUGCCUACGACCAUGAUGGUUUUUACGGUAUUCCGUUCAAGGUACCGGGUCUGAACAAGCCUCUGGAGCAGGCCCAGAAGCAUCAGCGUGUGGGAAUUGGUCGUGACUGGGUUCAGCAGUGGCUACUGCUGGCGGCAUGUGUCGUGCUUGGGCUGUCUAUAGGAGCUGUUUUGGUGCGCGCUGUGGCAAUUGAUGCCAGCGUCUUUUCCUUGUCUAGCGCUGAAGUACAUGAACGCCAAGAGAGUACCGGGCAGUUGGUGCUUGCCACCGGCACGCGAUGGCUUCUGCUACCUGGACAUUUAUUUAUGCGAGUAUGGACCGCAGUGACGAUUCCGCUACUGGUCUGCUACGUCGUCAACGCAAUGUCAGAUCUCGUGGGCUGCGCAGACAAAGGUGCGCUGGUUCUUGGCUUGCGUUCGACGGGAUACGCGUUACUGUUGGCAGCAGUAGCUACCGUCGAAGGAGUUCUGGCGAUGUGGUUGACGCACACGUUUGGUUGGUUCAGGGGAAGCCGCCGCGCGGCCAGUUCAGCAGCAUCGAUACUGUCGGAUGCUCUAGGCGCGACAUCGUUCCCCAUAGGCACUGUUGGACUUCUCUGCAAAAGCAAUGGCGCAUAUCUGCAGCAACUAGGGCAUGAUCGAUACGCAUGUUCGAAUGCGUCGUUGUCGUUGCCGCUGUCGAAAGAGGUAAGCACGAAUGUUUCCGACAUUACUGGUAGUGGUCCAGCUGUGUUUGCUUUGCGAGAAGUCUCUUCAGUGUACAAAACCCCGGCAUCGAGUGCAGUGUACUACCCGGUGUUGCUUGACGCAAUGGAAACCACGGCCAACAGUUACGGCCUAUUGGCUACUUCGGUAAUGCCUGCGCGACCACGUCACACGAUGGCUGCGCAGUCCACCGUGGCGACAAUCGAUGGAAUGAUCUCGCUGGAAGGCCUCGUCUUGAUUGCCUUGCCUCUGGGAUACGUGUGCGGGAAGCGGAUCCUGCGACUGAGACGUGGUGCUCGAGCGGUGUUGUUCGAGUCACGACAUGUAACAAACCCAGCCAAGGCAGAUCCACGAAACACUCGCCAUUACAUCGUGGGCUUUCUGAUGGAACUGCAGCUUGCCCUCGAGUGGUUGAUCCGGUCCAUGGAGCAACAUUUGGCCCCCGCAGGCUUUUUCUCGCUCACGCUGGGGCACGUGGUGCUUCACCAUCGCGAGUGGCAUUCAUUUGCGUCUCCAAUGCUGUCGCUGCUUGUUGUCGCAAUGGCUGCACUUGUCCUGCACGUCGUGCUGGUCUAUUCGGUCGUGCGCACCCAAUUUUGCAGCAGUCGACGUCGAAUGCCUCUGCUGACAACAACGCGAGCUUUUGUACCGGCAUUUCUGUUUGCGUUCACGACCAACGACGUUGCACUGUCGGCUCCAGUCACGAUGGCGUGCUUUGCCCGCGUGCUCACAGUGACUCGAUCGGCUGCCCAAUUGACUACCGCAGUGACGGCAGCGUUCUCCCGCAACGCACGGGCACUGUACCUGCCGCUUUUGCUGCUCUGGCUGCUCGAGACGUCGGCGUCUGAAGUGGAGCUGCAGCUGCGUGCGUUGGACUACGUUCUGGUCGGACUCUUGUCGAUGCUGAGCUGUUUUUGCGGAGGCAGCUCCCGCCUGACUCUGGCCAUGACGCGCGCUUUGUGGUACAUGAUGAAAGUGCGUGCCCAGUCACCUGAUGCUGCUCGACUGAUGCCAGCGACGAUGCCACUGCUGGUCGUGUGCGACGUGGUGCUUUCACGGAUGGCCAGUGUCGUGACCCUGGCGGACCAUCUCGUGCUCGCACAGCUCACAGCGCAGCACUGGGGAGAGACCGUCGUGGAGGAGCGGACAGUCGAAGCCGGCAAUAGUAGCUACAUAUCGACCUGCAGCCCCCUGGACGACAGUCAGGUGCUUCGUCGUCCGUCCAGUGCAAUGCUCUCGUCUGUUUGCUUGUGA